UUCACUUUUUCAUCGUGGAAGACCGAAUGCAGGGAUGAGCCUCACAGGCCAGGCAGUUCCCGUUCAUCAGGCUAACUUUAACCAAAGUGGUCCAACAGCGCCCCUUCUCAGCGUUAAUACAGAGAGGAACACACCUUCAACUUCACAGAUGCCCCCCGCAGCAGCCCCUAUCUACAACCUUCGCCCGUUCACUCGAAGGGGCCCAAGGAACAAGAGGUUCCACGGACAGUUAAGCAGUUCUGUGGCUCAUCCCUUCACCAGAGAGGUAAUUCUCCUGCCAGACCAUACAUAUACAGAUGUGCCAAGGCGUGCCAGGAAAGCUUGGCUUUUUGAAAAUGGACAUAUAAAAUCUGCCUUGGAAUUUGGCUGUGACUGGGACUCCGACAAAGUAAUGCAGGCAAUUAUGGCGGCCUUCCAGACAAUUGUGGAGGGAUGCAGGUUACAGAUCUUGAUGCCAUGCCACAACAAACUACUUGAGCCAUCCCUUACCUCCAAUCAGACUUUGAGUGGAGCCCUUGUCAAAAAACUGUUUCAUCAGAAGUCCAUUUAUGUCAGGCCUGACAAGGUCAUUUUAAGUGAGGAAAAAGAAUCCUCAUGUUCUGAUGAGGACGGUAGCCAUACAAACAGCCGUGAUGUCUCAGAAAUAUCGGACACUGACAAAUGUGCCAACUCCACUGUUGAGGCCCAGUUCCUCUUCAGUAAUACCCCUUCCAUCUCCAGUGAUGAUCAAGUUAUCUUGUAUGUUGCCACCCAAGACAUUUGCACUGAUGCACCUUCCAUCUCAGCUGACACCUUCACCGUGUCCACUAGUGCUCCUGUCAUCACUAUUGAUGAGACUCUCACCUUGUCCAGUGGAACUUCUGCCAUCUCAAGUGGCAACACCCAUGGCUUGUCGAUUGGUCCCACUGUCAAUGCCAGUGGUGACACACAUUUGUUCUCUGCUAAUAACACCUCUGGUGUGUCCCAUGAUCCCACACAACCCAGGGACCCACACAACCCAUUUGGGAAUAGUUCAUCCAGCACAUCCUACAGUACAUACUUUGACCUGUUUGAAGAAGAAUACCUCUCUGAUGACCCUGAUCUCCAGGAAGCCAUUUCAAGGUCUUUAGAUGCCAGCGCAAGCGAGAGUGAUUUAAAGAUGACUUCGGAGAGAAUAAUGGAACGGAUUGGCUCUAGAGUAAAUACUGACAGCACUGUACGCUUCAAUAUCAUAAGAAGAAAUGUGUGGGAUGGAGCAUGCAGAGCCAUGGCCAGAUCCAAUUUUUCACCUGAGAAGAAGGUAGAUGUCAAGUUUACUGAUGACUAUGGAAUAUCUGAGGGGGCUGUGGACAAUGGAGGACCCACUCGGGAGUUUUUUUCGACUCUGUCUACAUGAAAUCAAGGACAAAAUUGGCAUCUUUGAGGGUCCACCUAAUGCUAAAGUUCUCACAUGCAACUCCAAAGCGAUGAAAGACAAUGGAUACUUCUAUGCUGGCCAGAUCAUGGCAAUGUCAAUUGCCCAUGGGGGACAGAGUCCAUGUUUCCUGUCUGAACUCUUGUAUGAGUGUCUCCAAAAGGGUCCAGACAAUGUGAAGGUCACAACUGAACAUAUUACUGAUGAAGAAACAAGAUCACAGGUGCAAUCGAUCUUACAGGCUGAGACUGAAUCACAACUGCAAGAUGCAGUUGCACAGGCAGCCAGCUUGAUCAGUCUGGCGGGUCACAAUGUUCACAUAACACUGGGAAACAAACAAGAGACUGCUUUGGACUUGGCUCACUGGUAUGUCCUCCAGCGGACCCGAGCAGCUUUUGAAAGGUUCAGAGAUGGCUUAACGUCUCUAGGUGUCCUAGAUGCUCUUCAGAGAUACCCUCUACAGUUGAAGUGCCUUUUCGUGAAGGCUGAAAAGGGUUUGACAGCGGCUGAUAUGGAGAAUCUCUUCCAGAUCAUUCACUCCGAAAGAGGGAGUAAUGCAUUCCAAGAAGAGUGCCGGAACCUGGCUUUCUGGCAGGACUAUCUUCAGGAUGCUGAAUUCGAAAACGAUGUCUCUCUGGAGGAUAUUCUUAUUUUCUUCACUGGAUGUGACAGCAUUCCAGCUCUGGGUUUCUCUCCAAGGCCAAGCCUGGAGUUCAUCACCAACUCCCGAUUUCCAUUGGCCAAUACUUGCGAGAUAAUUCUUCGCAUACCAGUUCAUACCACAUACACUGCAUUCAAAUCUAAUAUGGAUUUCGGAAUACGCAAUGCCCCAGGAUUUGGAAGAGCGUAAGACGCAAUGUAGAGCUAGGGUUAUGUUGAGUUGUUUUUUGUUGUUGUUAUUGAUAGUGUUAUUUACUUUUGUUCUUCCAUGAGGCUAACACGCUAAAGUUGGGUUCAAUUUUGGCGAGGAAAAACUGGCAUGGCCAUUUGUCAAGGUGUCUCCUUGACCUCUGACCUCAAGAUAUGUGGCUGAAAAUGGGUUCUAUGGGUACCCACGAGUCUCCCCUUUACAGACAUGCAGUUUCUUGAAUGCAGUAUACAUGUUAUUUUUGCCUAUUCUAAAAAUGUAAAACAUAUUAUACAUAACAUACUAUGUAAAACACAGUGUGAAAACAUUGAGUUCCAGUUUUGGCCCUCCAAGGGAAAAGUUUGGGCACCCUUGAUCUAAAGGUUUUGGUAAAGCCUUCUAAAAAUAAAGGGUUCUAUGUUCCUG